CCUCCUCCUUCUACCCGCGGCAGCAGGAGGGCGGAGGAGCCGAGCGGAGCCUCCUUUCCCACGGAGAGAGGACUUUCCAUGUGGGUUUGCUGUGGCGCUCGGAGGAGAAGGGACCGUCCCGGGACCCCCAGCAGGGCAGGUGGUUUCCAAGCAUCGGCGUCCGAAGUUGUUUCCUCGCCAUCUGGAAGUCUCUCCAGGCUCCCAACACCCCCAGGCCGCCACACGGCCGAGUGUGGUCUCUGGCUGGACUAGGGGGUCCUCAUCGCCUGUCCGCAGGUCGUUGGCCCCCACCGGGCAGAAAGCUGGGAGCCACUUUCACCAUGAGUGAUUUUUGGCACAAACUGGGCUGCUGUGUGGUGGAGAAGGCGCAGCCGCAGCAAAGGAAAAGACGGCGGAUUGACCGCAGCAUGAUCGGCGAGCCCAUGAAUUUCAUCCACCUCACGCACAUCGGUUCCGGCGACAUGGUGAACGAGGGCCUCCCCGCCGUGUCAGGAGCCGUCCAGGAAAUGAGAUCCAAAUGUGGGCGAGAAAGACCUUGGAGCAAUUCCCACAUUUUAUAACCUCGCGCAGGGCCUCCCCCCCCUCCGUUUCCGUGUAAGUGUGGAAUGAAUUGCGAAAGCCACGCCGAAACACUCCCCCGUUGGGAACUGCUCAAUGAGGACUAGCCACUUUAUUUGCAACGGUGCCGCAAAAGAUGGUGCCGAGGUUUGCAUCCCCUGAAGAAUUGGGAGUUUUGUUUGUUUUUUAAAUACUGUUAACAUUUUAAUCGGUGUAGUUUUAAUGCGUUAACGGUUUAACUACUUUUACCUGUUUGGUAACUUCUAAGCUGCCAGAAUCACCUUG